AUGGUAAAAUUGCAACCUAUCAGGCUCAAGGUGCAUGGUCGAUUCGGGAAGCUGGAGAGGGGGAUAAGCCUAUUGAUACCGUUUGAUCUGUAUGUUACAAAUUGCAGGAGGAACCAAGAAAUGCAUUGGGAACAAGAUCUGGAGGACAAGGGUAAUACUGAUAGUUUGAGACUCAGUAUUGUUUUGUUCAGGAUUCAAGAUCUGGUUAGGACGUUCAUGCCCGGUCCUGAGUCUGCUGUUUUUACGUAUAUUCAGUCUGAUGCAUUAAAUCUUAAUGACAUCGAAACUGAGCUCAACAGAUUUGAGGAAAAUAUCAGGUUAUUUUUUGAGACAGAAAUCCGACCAUCGUGCAUCAUCAGUUUGUUGCACCACUGCUCACUGGGAGAUCCACAACUAGUUACAAAUUUGAUUGACUCCAUUUCAAAGAAUCUGGACUGGCUUACCAGCUUUUUUCACACAUUUGACAAUGCUCUGCCUUUUGUAAUGAUAACUCUUGAAGCGAAGAUAUUGUUCUUGAAGAGUUUCAUUUGCUUUGCCACAGUGCAAGGCAUUGAGGGUAAGGGAUUGAUCGAUCUGUUGAUCCACGCUGAAGUUGUGGCCAUCAAAGCUGCACGCCUGGUUUCUAUAUGUUGGUUUAACAGAAACAGUGAACAAGUGUGCAAUGAAAUGGAAUCUCAAAUUUCUCAACUGAUACGCAAGGAGAUUGAUCCCGUUCAUCGCCAAGUGCGAGAAACUUAUAUCCAUGUUCUGACAGUUUCAAAGUUAUCAAGAUCGUCACACACUUUAGUGCUGGAGAAGAAUAAGCAUCUAUUGGCCAAAUUUAUUGAUUGUCUCCUGUAUAAUGUUAUGGAGCUACUAGAACAUUUUCCCAGUUUCUCGGUUCUGGUGAAGGAUCAAAUGCUAAUACUCCACGAGGGAGUAAGGUUCCUGAGUGUCCUCCUCGGGCAGCAGCAAGAGAAAUUCGAUGGGCUACAUGAUCAAAUGAAGGAUCUUAUUCGAUUUGUGGCCUGUGAUGCAGGAAUUGUGAUUUUAUCCCUUUCAACAACUGAAAUGAUAGAAGGUUUGACCAAGGAAACAGAUCUUGCACUUUUUCAUUUGGUCAAAGUGCUCAAGUUCAUUAUGGCAGAAUUUGCACAGAUUUAUCCACCACCAUCAUUCAGCUUUCCUUGGACCAAUGACUUGGGCUGCUUUGAUUUCCUCCUAGAAAGUCUUCAAGAUUUAUCAAACUCUGAAGCUGAUUCGGUUGAUUUACCAAAGGAUCAUAUCCACAAAGUGCAAGAGGAUCUUAUAUUCUUAAGAUCUUUCCUCGAGAAUAUUGUCGGGCAGUACAACCGGAACAUAAAACUCCAAGCUCUUUGGAAUCGUGGUAUGGAGAUGGCCUAUAAGGCAAAGUUACUUGUCAACUCUAUUGUAUCUGGGAAUAAAUCUGAAUGUUUGGAUACCCUAGCCGGAGAUAUAGAGCUGAUGAGGAUUGAGGCCCAUGGAAUCUUUGCCAGCCACGGCAAUGGCACUGACGCUCAGACAGUUACCAACAAUUCAGCUCAUACAUCAUCAAAACUCAGUAGCCCAGCAUUGAAUGAAGCUACGGUGGGGCUUCAUGAAGCAGUGAGGACAAUCACCUGUAGACUUACCAGGGGUUUAAAGCAGCUGGAUAUUAUUUCAAUUGUUGGGAUGGCUGGACUUGGUAAGACAACAUUAGCAAACACAGUUUACCACCAUAUGCAAAAUUCAGUUUCUUCCCAAUUUCAUAUUCAUGCUUGGUGUAUUGUUUCUCAAGCAUAUACCAAGCACAAUUUGUUAGCUCAGAUUUUGUGUAGUAUUCAUUAUAGCAGUCCUGAUAAAUAUCUUAACGAAGAUGAAGAUGAUUUGGCUGUAGAGAUAAGAAGGGUUUUGUUGAAAAAUAGGUAUCUCAUAGUUUUGGAUGACUUAUGGGACAUUGAGGCAUGGAAUUUGUUGAAAAGAUCAUUUCCAAAUGAUGCAAACGGAAGCAGGAUUCUCUUAACCAGUAGAAUUCACAGUUUGCCAUUGCAAUUAAAGCAUGCUUGCGAACCUUACCAUCUUCGCCAACUUACUGACAAAGAGAGUUGGGCAUUGCUGCAAAAUAAGCUAUUUGGCGAAGAAGGUUGCUGUCCUCCAACACUAAAUGAAGUUGGAUUCCAAAUUGCAAAAAAUUGUAAGGGACUACCUCUCACAAUUGUCCUUGUUGCUGGAAUUCUUGCAACUACAGAGCAAGAUUGCUGGAAAGAAGUUGCAGAAACUCUAAGUUCUAGCACAAUUGUUGAGACUGAACAAUGCAAGAGGACACUGGAAUUGAGUUACAGCAAUUUACCAAGUCAUCUGAAACCAUGCCUUCUUUACUUCGGUGCAUUCCCGGAAGAUGAAGACAUCCCUAUCCAAAAAUUGAUCUGGCUUUGGACCUCUGAAGGAUUUCUGCAAAAGACUGAAGGAAAGAGCUUAGAGGAUGUGGUGGAUGAGUACUUGACGGAUCUAGUCCAAAGAAGUUUAGUUAUGGUCACCCGACAAAGAUCUAUAGGUGGUGCCAAAGCUUGCCGAAUUCAUGAUUUGAUACAUGAGUUUUGUGUGGAAAAAGCCAAAGAAGAAAGUUUUCUACAGAUUUCUCAUGGGGAAAAUGAUCUUUUUACCCUGACUGGACCGCAUAACCUUCAUCGACUAUGUAUUUACAAUGCCUGGCCGAUGAAGCUUAAAAAGUCAAAGGUAUUCUUUCCCAAUUUACGUUCUUUGCUCUUCUUUGCUGAGUGGACACCGGUGGAUUAUUUUCCAAUCGGGGUUCUGUUGUUCAAACUUCUUAGAGUUUUGGAUUUGGAACUUUGGUUUUAA